AUGAUCAAUUCUGAGUUAUGGCAUGCUUGUGCGGGCCCUUUGGUUAGUAUGCCGCCUGUUGGAAGUCUUGUCGUCUAUUUUCCUCAAGGACAUAGUGAACAAGUAGCAGCAUCGAUGCAGAAAGAGGCCGAUAGCAUACCAAAUUACCCUAAUCUUCCUUCCAAGUUGAUCUGCAUGCUCCACAGUGUCACAUUACAUGCUGAUGGUGAGACGGAUGAGGUGUAUGCUCAGAUGACACUUCAACCAGUGAGCAAGUAUGACCAGGAAGCUUUGCUUGUGUCUGAUCUUGGGCUGAAGCAAAAUAGACAACCGAACGAGUUUUUCUGCAAGACUUUGACUGCAAGUGACACAAGCACUCACGGUGGCUUUUCAGUCCCUCGCAGGGCGGCUGAGAAGAUUUUUCCGCCACUGGAUUUUUCGAUGCAACCUCCUGCUCAGGAGCUAUCAGCUAGAGACUUGCAUGAUCAAACAUGGACAUUUAGACAUAUAUAUAGAGGUCAACCGAAACGACACCUGUUGACCACCGGUUGGAGCGUAUUCGUGAGCUCCAAGAGACUCAUAGCCGGCGACUCUGUCCUUUUCAUAAGAGACGAAAAAUCACAGUUUCUUUUGGGUAUACGGCGAGCAAAUAGGCAGCAGCCCCCUCUUUCAUCGUCCGUGAUAUCAAGCGACAGCAUGCAUAUCGGGAUUCUUGCUGCAGCUGCUCAUGCAGCCGCAAAUAACAGCCCUUUUACAAUAUUCUAUAAUCCGAGGUUGGAUGGGAUGAAUCUACAGCUGGGGAACGUCCUAGCCGAGUCUCGAUUUGGGAGAUUGAACCUGUCAUAACUCCCUUUUACAUAUGCCCACCACCGUUUUUCAGACCAAAGUUCCCCAAACAUCCCGGUCUCCCAGACAUAGAGAAUAUGUUCCGGCGAAACAUGCCAUGGCUAGCUGACGACUUUGGCUUGAAAGACUCGUCGAGCUCCAUAUUCCCGGGCCUCAGUCUUGUCCAGUGGAUGAGCAUGCAACAACACCAAACUCAAAAUAAUCAAAACCAAACAGGACUAUUUCCAUCAACUGCCACACCAACAAACCUCGCCAAACCAGACGACCCCUCGAAACUACUAAGCUUCCAAUCCCCAACUCUACCCUCACAGAACAAUCUUCAGCUAAACAAGCCAAAUUUCCAAAACACUCAGCAACUCAUGCAGCCAAAUGUGGCCUGGCCCCAGCACCAAAUUUUACAGUCUCCUACAAUCACACAACAGCUGUCCCAAUCACAGCCGAUGGUUUCGCCACCUGUCACGAGCGGCUUGAUAAAUCCGGAUCAUGUUACAAAUCGAAAUUCGCAGCAAAUGAUGAGUGCCUACUCCCAACACAUGCAGCAAACAGUGCAAACAUCUCAAGAUUCGUCCUUUCAGCCACACGUUGACCAGUUAUCGAGCCUUGCACACAGACCCCAAGAGCAACAGAUGCAAAUGCAGCAAGUCCAAACUUUGCAGGCUUUACAGCAAAGCUUGGCCCAGAGGCCAACAGCACAACAGCCCAAGUCACAGCAUUUGCUUUCUGAACAGCAGCUCCAAAUGCAACUUCUUCAGAAACUACAACAACAGCAACAAUUGUCAUCCCAAAUGAAUCCCUUGCUGGAAUCUCAGAUGCAUCCUCAAAAACAGCAAGUCCAAAUAACUCAGCAAGCUCAAAAUCUUUCAUUACCCACACAGCAGCUGGACGGGAACUCCUUUCCUGUUCAAAAUCAAUUUCAGUGCCAGCAAAAGGCACCGGUUUUGGUGAGAACAAACUCGGCACACACCAAUGGAGAUGGCCCGUCGUGCUCGACUUCGCCUUCUAAACAUAAAAACAAUUUACGGACGACUUUGGCGAGAAGCCAAACAGGGCCCAGCGGUUUGCUCGAAAAUGCGGCAGAUGUGCGGAUAAAGAACGAGCUUCCAAACUCGAAGAUGCCUGACCAGCCGGCCAAGUACAGGAUGCUGACAGGUGGCGAACAUGUGGAUGCCACGUCAUCGUCAACCUCGUACUGUCUGGACGCAGGUGGCUUGCUGCAGCAGGGUUUUCCGAUGAGCGGAUUUGACGGGAGUGAUGUGCAGUCGCAUGGGAAAACCGGGCUUGCUUUUGGGCCGGGAGACGACAGGCUGGCGCCCGAUGCUUUGCUUUCGAGGGGUUAUGAUGCAGGGAAGGAUAUGCAGAAUGUGAUGGAGCCCGAUUUGUCGUCUGGGAUAAAUUCUCAGUUUGGGGUUCCGAAUAUGCCGUUCAGAGCUGCAGGAUGUUCUAAUGAUGCUGCUGUUAAUGAGACCAAUGUGUUGAAUGGUGGGGGGAUGUGGCCGAGCCAGACACAACGUAUGCGUACAUUUACGAAGGUUCAAAAACGAGGCUCUGUGGGGAGAACCAUAGACGUGACACGUUACAAAGGGUAUGAAGAGCUAAGGCAUGACCUCGCCCGAAUGUUUGGUAUCGAGGGCCUACUUGAAGAUCCACAAAGAACUGAGUGGAAGCUCGUCUAUGUUGACCACGAAAAUGAUAUAUUGCUCGUUGGAGAUGAUCCAUGGGAGGAAUUUGUUAGCUGUGUACAGAGCAUAAAAAUACUCUCGUCGGCUGAGGUACAGCAGAUGAGUUUGGAUGGAGAUUUAGGUGAACAGUUGCCUGUCCCAAAUCAAGCUUGUAGUGGCACAGAUAGCGGCAAUGCUUGGAAAGUCCACUAUGAUGAAAACUCGGCAAUGUCAUUCAACCGAUAAGAUAUAUUUUUUCUUGUACUCGUUCAGCUGUAUUUAUGCAGGUGCCUUCACUGUUCUUGCUUUGUUUCCUUGUUUUCAGU